AUGUCAACACAGGCUGCACAACUGCUCGAGCAGCAACUGUUCACUGCUCUCAAGACACAAAUCGUAGGCCUUGCGACGCCUCUUUAUGGCACAAGACCGGAAGAUGCAUCCAAAGUCUACGAUGUAAUCACCUACAGCAUGCAGACGGGUAAUUGGAAGACGGAACAUAGGACGAUCCCUAACGUCGCGGGUGUAGGCGAAGGAGGACAAGAGGGCGAGCAUGAGCAUGGGGGUGAGGAAGGGGACAGCAUGGACAACAAGCGUCGCGCCAAAGGCGGCAGGAUGGAGAAUGCCAGCGAAGACCUGGAGCAGACCGGCUGGAGUCCGAGGCUGUCGUCUAUCAUCGAAGAGGUGUAG